AACACCUGUGAGCACUUCAACCUUUACUUUAAGACCCUCUACAGUAGUAGCCAAUAACAGCAUGACAUCAGCACUAUUUGUACUUUUAAAUGCCACCAGCAGCCUUACAAAAUCUGUGAUCAACACAACUACUGCCAUUGCGACAUCUCCAUUGCCAACUGUUAUAUCAACACCCGAUAUACUAACAACUUCCACCAGCAGACUCAUAAUACCUUUGAAGAAUGCAACCAGCACCAUUGGACUCACUACUAAUGGACUAUCAGCUUCUUUAGCAACGUCUAAUGCUACUGGCAGCUUCACAACAAUUGUGAAUACUGCAGCCACAAGCCCUAGUACUAUCAGUAACAAUACAGCAUCUAUGAUGAAUGGAAUCAGUACCCUCAAGACAUUAAGCAUGCAAGAGAACAGUAACUUUCCAUCACCAUCUACCGAUUUAAAGACAUCUGCAAAUGCGUCCAUUCUGAUGACAUCUAGAUCCACAGCAGUUCCCAGUACAUCCAGCAGAACUCCAACAUCCCAAGUUUCUGAUACUAUAAAUCCUAUGUCUAUCAUAUCACAUGACAACUCUUUUAGUACCAUCACAAAAGUGUCUGCUACAUUGUUUUUCAACAUGUCCAUUGCCAGCAAAACAAUGGCUGUCAGUUUGUCUCCCACUGUGACUGGAACUAUAAAAGAUGGAAUUUUAUCUCUGAAUACAACAAACAAUAUAAAAACUGCAUCUACGAAUACAGUGUCUAGUACAUCACCAUCUGCAAUUUUCGCUCAGUCCAGGGCCAGCGAAACACUUCAAACCCUAUCUUCUGUCAAUACAUCCAUCACAAUCCCAGCAUUUGGAGUUGUAUCCAAGACUAGUAGAACAUCAACAACACCAUUGCCUAGUACAACAGGAAUGGUCAUACCAACAUCUGAUAUAUUAGCAUUCAAUAAUUCAAGCUCAUCCCCAGUAUCACCUGGAUCAUCAUCUCUUAACAUAUCUACCCCGUCUUCAUCCAAUCCUGUUAUAACAUUUGGAAUGAUACCGCCUAACGGAAUACAGGGAAAUUCAUCCCCUAUUACAACCAAAGCUAUUGGAAUAAUAUUUACAAAUGUAUCAGAUACCAUUGUGUCAUUUUCUAAAACAACUCCUAGUUUGUUCGGCAACCCUUCCUCAUCAUCAGGGACCCUGUCACUUAACAUAUCCAACAUACCUGCAAUAACACCUUCUAAUAGAUCAAAGAUUACAACUGCAACUGAAGCCAAUUCAAGUGCAGCACCCACCCAAAGAAUUGUUGCUGAUCAGAUGAUGAUUUCUCAGAACAAGCCCCUAGAUCUUCUACAGUUGCCAUCUACAUCAGGAAGUAGUCUGCCAUCGCUUGUUUUGACUAAAACCACAGAAGCAUCCUUAGCGCCAGCUGAUAAUGGAACACAGAAACCACAGACAUCACAAAAUAUUCCAGCACCUACAGGGUCUGCUUCACUUAAUGGUACCAUGGAGAGUCUAACACAAGUCAACCCAUCUACCAGAAACUAUUCCUCCUACUAUACUUCCUAUACAGCGUCCUACACAGUCAAUGUUAUCAACAAAACAACUGUAACCAAAGUGAAAGAGCCUACCAUAAGCAAGACAACGAUGAGAACAACCACAAGGAAGAAGAGGAUGCCCUCUGGUGUAUUUUGGUCACUGAUCUUCCCUAGAAUAAGCAAGGGAAUAUCAGACAUAUCAGAUGUCUUUGGCCCAUUUGAAUUUAAGAACAAAAACCAAACAGUACCCAAAGUUCCUCCUGUUGGUAAUGAAACUGGAUUUGUUGAUUCAUCUGUAGAGCCCAAUAGCAAAGGUUCUGCAAAGUCUCUCCUGAUUCUACACGUGAACUAUUUGAGAAUGACAAUGGAGGAUGAAUCGGAAACCGAAAAUAUUAUGCUUCAGAACAUGAAACAGCUGCUUCAAAACCAUGAGUUGGACCUUAUGGACAGAGCAAGAGAUGCUGAGAAUCCUUGAAAGUUCAGCUUCACUGAAAACAUAAUGUUUGGAUUGCCUCCGGCAAAAAAACUGUCUGUAUGCAUGCGAUAUUUGAAUAUUCACUAUAUACUAGUCUUAAAGAUGUAAUUCUUUAGUUGUGUUUCAGUUAAGAUAGGCUAAUAGGUAUUCUGAUUCUUCAUGACAUUUUCUGUACCUUAUUUGUAGAUAUAAAAUUA